AAUGACCACUUUGAGAACUUGCAGAGGUCUAAUCCGAGGAAAACUGACAGGCCUUAAGUCGAUCAGAUUAUGAAGUUUGUGACUGUUAAAUUACAAAUGAAAAACUUACAUGAAACUCAGGAUCUAAUCCAAGACUUUUAAGCGGAGAUUUGAUAAAGUUCUUUGCUUAAAAGAAAAAGGACAAAUUCUGCAAGCAAAUGAAUAUUUGUGCUUAGCUGUGAGUCAUAUUUACCAUGUAUGUGAUUCCAGGAUUGAAGCUUUAAUUGCAGUCCCUAUCCUAAGAGCAUCACAUGGGAAGCCUGGCAAGGCUGAAGCAUGCAUGGAGGUGGCCAUUUUUUGUGAGACCAGGAAGUGAGUGAGUGUUAUUCAAGCGCAACAGCUAUGGCAGGCGAUGAGAGGGAUUAUAACCUGACAAAGGAGCAGAAGGCUAUCAAAGCCAAAUACCCACCGCUCACGAAGAAGUAUGAAUAUCUGGAUCACACAGCAGAUGUGCAGCUACAUGCCUGGGGAGAUACUUUGGAAGAAGCAUUUGAGCAGUGUGUUAUGGCCAUGUUUGGCUACAUGACCGAUACAGAGACUGUGGAACCUCUGGAUACCGUAGAAGUACAGGCAGAAGGACAUGACAUGCUGUCUCUUCUUUUUCACUUCUUGGAUGAGUGGCUGUAUAAAUUCAGUGCUAAUGAGUUUUUUAUACCAAGGGAGGUGAAAGUGAUUCACAUUGACCGAAUGCAAUUCAAAAUAAGAUCAAUUGGGUGGGGAGAAGAGUUCUCUUUAUCCAAACACCCUCAGGGCACAGAGGUCAAAGCCAUAACUUACUCAGCAAUGCAGAUCUGUGAAGAAGAGAAGCCAGAAGUCUUUGUCAUCAUUGACAUUUAAAGCAAGAAAAGUGUAAGGAAAUGACUGCAUACUUAUCACUGGCUAGCAGAGGUCCCUCAAAAAAAGCAAUACUCUUGGAAAUAACUAAGGAAUUGGCCAAUUCAAAUCAUAAGUUGAAGGGAGUAAUUGCAGGGAAUGUACAUCUGUGUUUGGACUUGAGGAUGGUGAGCCAGACCAAGACCUGUAUGCCAGGAAAAAAAAGAACGAGUUGGGAUUCUCUAUUUCUUUUUUCUUUUGUUUUUGAAGGUGAGUGGAGUGAGGGAGAGAAGAUGAGAGUUGUAGGGAUUGAAAAUCUCUCAGCAAGGUUGGUAUUUUAUAUCAACAUUUAAGGCUGAUGUAUAUACUAGGUGGUAUAUGAUCUAAAUAGAUUAGUGAAGCCAGUAAAGAAGAUACUGCCUUUUUCUAAGGUGGCAGUGUUGGAGCAGGAGAUAAAAAAAAUUGUUAAACUGCAUGACCUUAUUUGGAGAUUUAAAUAUUCUAAUUCUGAGGUGACAUCCCUCCAUAUUAUUUGAAGGCUCUAAAACAUCUGCAGCGAGUCUGAUUUAAUGUAGAAAAGUUUCUGAUUGUUUGAAGAAUGCCAAAGAAAGUAAACCAAUCUUUCAAAAAACUUUGAGAGUACUUAAAAAAAAAAAAAAAAAAAAAAAAAAAAAAAAGUAAUGCCACCAGGUGGUGCUGAAUUGCCAUAAGUUUCUGAGUAAUGGAAUCCUACUAGUGCUUAUUACCAGUCUAAAAAGCACAGAUUUCUUUGCUGCUGUUGUGAAAAGGAAUACACUGGAGUUUUUUGCAGCUUCAUUCCCAAAUAUGUUUCAUCACACACACACAAAAAAAAUUAUUUUAAAACAGAACUAAGCAGACACUUCAAAUUUAAGUAAGAUUCUAUCUCCUCUUAAAAAAUAACCAAAAAAGACCCACAGAGCUUCCCACUUGCAGUGUAGGAGAACUAUGUGUGGUAAUGCACAUGCCUGUAACUCUUGAUUAUUUCCACUUCUGCUGUAGAGAAGAGUUCAUGGUUUUCAUCUGUCCUUAUACUACAGAGUUGUGAGGUGUGGCAAAUUCCAGAAAAGCUUCCUUUUGCCUUUAAUGCCAGAAAAUACUGAACUUUUAUUCACUGAAUCAAGAAUAAUAAUCAAAAAGUGUGCGUUUUGUUUUAAAUCAUGGGACAACUAAUGUGCAUUAUCUGCUGUUGCUAUUUAAAUAUGAGACAGGCACAGUGAAUAUGAAAUCUGGGCUGACCUGACCCUGUUUCUGGUAAAUGCUGUUAAAUGCUUCAUCUCUGGAGGUAAUGUCCCAUCUCUAUUUUGUUGUAAAAUCAUCUUAAACAGAGACUUUUUAUUUCUUUAUUGUGAAGAUGGAGGAUAAAAUCAUUUUAUUUUUUGAUAAAGCCUUAACGCUGAAAUAAAACUUGGAUUAAGAAAGAA